AUGCCUCCUACACACACACCCAGAUUACACGCACCUUCACCACUAUACAAUACUAACAAUUACCAGGGUAAGCUCUUUGUCCGUGGUGACUCCAAGGUCUUCAGAUUCGCUACCUCCAAGAGUGAAUCUCUCUUCAAGCAAAGAAAGAACCCCAGAAGAAUCUCCUGGACCGUUCUCUACAGAAGACACCACAAGAAGGGUAUCUCUGAGGAGGUUUCCAAGAAGAGAACCCGUCGUACCGUCAAGCACCAACGUGCUAUUGUCGGUGCUUCCCUCGAUGUUAUCAAGGAGAAGAGAUCCAUCAGACCUGAGGUCCGUCAAGCUGCUAGAUCUCAAGCUAUCAAGAACGCUAAGGACAAGAAGAAGGAGGCUGAGUCUAAGAAGAAGGCCGACAAGAAGAGCGGUAAGCCCCAAGGAAAGGUCGUCUCUAAGCAACAAGCCAAGGGUGCCCCAUCCAAGGUCCAAGCCACUUCUCGUUAA